CACUGGGGGAAUUUUGCCUCGAAGGCACCUUCCUGUCCGCGACUCCGCCCCCUCGGAGGGGCUCGGCUCCGGAAAUCAAGAUGGAGUCGUUGAGUCGAGCUGGGCAGGAGAUGAGCUUAGCGGCCCUGAAGCAGCACGACCCCUACAUCACCAGCAUCGCAGACCUUACUGGUCAGGUCGCUCUAUACACCUUCUGCCCCAAGGCCAACCAGUGGGAGAAGACUGAUAUAGAAGGGACCUUAUUUGUAUAUCGAAGGUCAGCUUCUCCUUACCAUGGUUUUACCAUUGUGAAUCGAUUGAAUAUGCACAAUCUAGUUGAACCAGUGAAUAAAGAUUUGGAAUUUCAACUCCAUGAACCAUUUCUUCUGUAUAGAAAUGCAAGCUUGUCAAUAUACAGUAUCUGGUUUUAUGACAAGAAUGACUGUCAUCGCAUAGCCAAACUCAUGGCCCAGGUGGUAGAAGAAGAGACACGGCGGUCCCAGCAAGCUGCCCGGGAUAAGCAGAGUCCCAGCCAGGCCAAUGGCUGCAAUGACCACCGGCCCAUCGACAUCCUGGAGAUGCUAAGCAGAGCCAAGGAUGAGUAUGAAAGGAAUCAGAUGGGCGACUCAAAUAUCUCCAGCCCUGGGUUACAGCCAAGUACUCAGCUCUCCAAUCUGGGAAGCACCGAGACUCUAGAAGAGAUGCCGUCCGGGUCCCAAGAUAAGUCUGCUCCAUCUGGACACAAACAUCUGACAGUGGAAGAAUUAUUUGGAACCUCUUUGCCAAAGGAACAGCCAACAGUCGUGGGUCUGGAUUCAGAAGAAGUGGAGAAGCUGCCAGGAGAUGCCUCCCAGAAAGAGCCCAGCUCAUUCCUACCAUUUUCCUUUGAGCAUUCAGGAGGGGCCGCUCAGUCAGAAAACCUGGGUGUCCAUCCUGCUGCCCACCACUCAGUUCAACCUGAAGUCACCACCCCGGUGCUGAUCACUCCUGCCUCCAUCACACAGUCCAGUGAAAAGCAGGCCCCAAGCUAUGCAAUCCCGCUGUGCCCUGGGCUCAGUCCCACUUUGCCAGCAGAAGCUCCUACUGCACAGGUUCCCUCCAGCUUGCCCCGAAACAGCACCAUGAUGCAGGCAGUGAAGACCACACCUAGACAAAGGUCUCCACUCCUGAGUCAGCCAGUCCCUGAGCUGAGCCACACCAGUCUGACCGCCAGCCAGAGCCCCUUCAGGACCCCACUGAGCAUGACAAGUGCCGCUGGGACAUCCCUCCCGGGCGUUGAGCUUCUCCAGAAACUCAAGUUGACCCCACAGCAUGACCAAAUACAGACACAGUCGCUUGGGAAAGGUGCGGUGGCACCCAGCUUUUCUCCAGCAGCCGGCCAGCUGGCCACGCCUGAGAGCUUUAUAGAGCCUCCCCCUAAGACAGCAGCAGCGAGAGCCUCCACCACCCUGAGCAACAUGGUGCUUGCUCCCCUUCAGUCUAUGCAGCAAAACCAGGAUCCUGAAGUCUUUGCCCAGCCUAAGGUGUUACCUAGUGCCAUCACGGUUGCAGGCCCCCCACUGGUUACUGCAACAACCACAGCCGUGUCUUCAGUCCUGCUGUCCCCAAGUGUUUUCCAGCAGACAGUUACAAGGUCCACAGACCUAGAGAGGAAAGCAAGCUCCCCUUCUCCUCUAACCGUUGGAACAUCAGAAAGUCAACGAAAGCAGUCCAUUAUUCUCAGCAAGUCUCAGCUCCAAGAUACGUUAAUACAUCUAAUAAAGAAUGACUCCGGCUUCCUCAGUACGCUUCAUGAAGUCUACUUGCAGGUUCUGACCAAGAACAAAGACAACCACAACCUAUGACUGGAGCAGAAAUCAUUCUGAACACGGAAUGUCAGCCUCACAAACAAAUAGUCCUCAUCAUGGAAAAUUCUAAACAGAACAUUGAGUUUGGAGAAUCCUGAAAUUGAGCCUAUGAGAAAGAGACUCAUUCCUUAAGAAUGUUUUCCAAGUGACGUUCUCAGUGAUAAUUGAGGUUUCACUGUGAAGCAUCACCAGCAGACCUUUGUUUUGA